CACUCCGUGCAAAAUCUGUAUGAAAACUGUUUGGCGGCGUUUGAAGAAUAUUUGGAGCCAAAAUUCAAUCAUACCACAGCAAGCUCCACUGAGUAGAGGCUCCGUUGAGAGUGUGAGCCAACAGUCUCUGGCAAGCAUACGAAAGAGAAGAAUCAGACAGCAGUUUCCAGUUUCGACCAAUUACACUAGAGGUCGAACUCCCAUGGAAUUAGAUGGAACAAAGGAAGAGUAAAAGUUUGAUCGAUAGCAUCAGUGACAUAUUCAGCAAUGGCAUACAUUUUGCAGCGCCAAUUUCCUCCUUGAGGACGAGUGAGCUUGAUCUGGUGCGUGGUGUAUUGCAAAUGUUGCAAGGAUUCUCCGGUUCCCUUUUUAGCUGGGAUUAUAGUGGGAAGAAAUUUUGUGCUAAAAGUGGGAUAUAUGUUUCUCACCUCUCCCGAUCUAGCCUUCUUGCCAUUCUCAACCAAUUUAUGUACGCAGCGACAUGUCUUCAGUUGACACAGCUCGUAUUACAAGAAAUUAAUACAACCGCAAAGUCCGUUCCUCCUACUUUAAGGGCGUUUGUUACAUCUGUUUCUGGUUGGCUGAAGAGGCUGCGAGAUUCAGUAUUGAAGGAGGAGAUUAAAAUUCAUGAUGCUGGCUCUGGAACCACUCCUACUUUAAUGGGUUUAGCUGGCUCUUUAUCGAGUCUUUGUUCAGGUGCUGAAUAUUUAUUACAAAUAGUCCACAAAGCCAUUCCCAAAGUAUUCUUUGAAUCUAGUGGUGCACUUACCACUGCUGAUUUGGCCGUUCAUGUCCUUGACAGCCUUUACAAGAAGCUUGAUGAAGUGUGCCUGAUACAAAAUGGUCAGGAAGAAACUUACCAAAUGCUGCUUCAUAUAUUUGUUGGAAGUUUAUUGCCGUAUAUUGAGGAGCUUGAUUCCUGGGUUUUUGAAGGAAUACUUGACGAUCCUUUUGAGGAGUUGUUCUUCUAUGCUAAUGAAGCAGUCUCAGUUGAUGAACAUGAUUUUUGGGAGAAGAGUUACUCUUUAAGAUCACUGAAGUUGGAAGAUGAGCUCUCUUCAUCAAUUAAAAAGGAAGCAAAUGAAAGAGAAUCUAUUUCUCUAUCUCAUUUGCUGAAGGGAAAAGACCAGUACACUGGAGGCUCUAUAGCAUGUCCCCUGUUUAUGAAGGACAUAGCUAAGUCAAUAGUUGCUGCUGGAAAGUCUUUGCAGCUCAUCCGUCAUGUUUAUGAAACAUUGUCUCCUGCAUCAGAAAAACAAUAUGGUGAUGAGUUUAAUGGUAGUGCUGAUUAUGGAGGAAGUUUGGCAAGGCUAUCCUUGUCAGAAAUCUUUUGUUUGUCAUUGGCAGCUCUAAUUGGUGAUGGUGAUCGCAUAUCUAGAUACUUCUGGAAACAUGACCACUAUCAACUUGAGACGGAUUCCUUAUUCAAGUCCCACACAAACAAAUUUGAAGUAACAAAUGGCAUUGGUGAUUCAGCAUGUAAAGAAAAACAUUGGUAUAGUUUAUUGGUCGAUGCAUUGGCGCUGAAAAGAAGUGUCUGUUUGAAGUCUGGACACAAGGAUGCGAAUAAGCUCAUUGGUGAAAGAGAAAAGAAUAUUACAUUUGAUAUGAAAAAUUGUUUAUGCUCCUUGGAAUCGUUCCACCCUGAAAAUCCAGUUAUGACUGUGUGUACAACAAUCCUGAAAGAUAACACAAAUGUUUGGAAAAGAUUGAACCUGUCUAGAUGUUUCAACUUGCCCCCUUUAAAUGAUGAGAGUUUAUUGAAGGCAAUAUUUGGUGAUGAGGACGCAUCCUGUUCUGAAACAAAGGGGACAGAUUUUACUUUUGGUUUCCAGUUUGAUAAAUACGAACACGUUCAUUUGCAAAAGGAAGCAAAACUGAUCGAGACAUUGUUUCCUUUUCCCACAAUUCUCCCCGAGUUCCGGGAUGAUCUCCAUAUUUCAGAUCUCUUACCCUUCCAGAAGAAUAGCACUCUUCCAUCAAGGGUUCUAAGCUGGAUGUCAAAUACUGUGCCAAGGACAAUGCCACUUAUGAUGGUCAUUAUGGAAGAAUGCCUUGUUGUAUAUCUAAGACAGCAGGUGGACCACAUUGGCAAGCGUGUUUUGUCAAAGUUGAUGAACGAAUGGAGAUUGAUGGAUGAACUAGCUGUCUUACGUGCUAUUUAUUUAUUAGGAUCAGGCGAUCUGCUGCAGCAUUUUUUUACUGUAAUUUUUAAUAAACUGGACAAGGGAGAAACGUGGGAUGAUGAUUUUGAGUUAAAUACUAUAUUACAGGAAUCUGUAAGAAACUCCUCUGAUGGUAUGCUACUAAGUGCACCAGAUUCUUUGGUGGUGUCAAUUGUCAAAACUAAUUCUUUGGAUGGUGACGAGCAUUCUAAUUUAGUGAAACCACCGUCGACCCCACAUAAAAGCUCUGCACAUGGCUUUGGAAUGGAUGGGCUUGAUUCACUUAAAUUUACAUACAAGGUAUCUUGGCCACUUGAACUUAUUGCCAACACAGAGGCAAUUAAAAAGUAUAAUCAGGUGACAGGGUUCUUGUUAAAGGUUAAGCGAGCAAAGUUUGUUCUCGACAAAACUAGGCGUUGGAUGUGGAAGGGCAAAGGCACUGUUGUAAACAAUUGUAAGCGCCACUGGCUGGUAGAACAGAAACUCCUCCAUUUUGUGGAUGCCUUUCACCAAUAUGUAAUGGACAGAGUCUAUCAUAGUGCAUGGCGAGAACUCUGUGAAGGUAUGGCAGCUGCACAAUCUUUGGAUGGGGUUAUAGAGGUGCAUGAGGCAUACUUGCUGUCGAUUCAUAGACAGUGCUUUGUGGUUCCAGAUAAGCUGUGGGCUCUAAUUGCUAGCCGAAUCAAUGUUAUCCUUGGGUUGGCCCUAGAUUUUUACUCUGUGCAGCAAACUUUGAGUAGUGGUGGAGCUGUUUCCGCAAUUAAGGCUCGGUGUGAAAUGGAGGUCGACCGUAUUGAGAAACAAUUUGAUGAUUGCAUCGCUUUCCUCCUCAGAGUCUUGUCGUUCAAUCUAAAUGUGGGACACUUCCCUCACUUGGCAGAUUUGGUUACGAGAAUAAACUAUAGCUACUUCUACAUGUCUGAUAGCGGAAACUUGAGAACUGCCCCCAGCUCUGAAACCGUAUCUUCCAGACUUGGGAAGACAUUUAUGGGGAGAACGGAUUAAUUUUUAACAUCUUUUCUGAUAUUUCCUCCAAGGCUGGUUAAUCCAGGUGCUUUGCCUUCAUUUUCUGGAAUUAGUUUCAGUGAUGUUACUAGUGCCGCAGAACCUUCUGUUUGGAGAUUGUUUGUCAACACUUGGUGCCUUUACUGCACAUUGUUAUAUGGUACAGCUCUUCAACGUGGCGAAUUUCUUUGCAGUCACCACGUUGUACUGUGGUUUUGUUCAGCAUAGGCUGGCUCCUUUGGGACCGCAAACGUGGGCAGAUCACUUUUCCAUGAAAUCUAGGGUUGAAAUUUAACUCAGAUUUUAAGAAGUGUUUCAGUCUAAAUGACUUGGCGAUGCCAUGAUCCAACAGAAGUAAGUGCAGUACAUCUCAUCUUCAAGAAUCUAAGAAUGGGCUGAAUGUAUCUUCCUUGAAAGCCCCAAAUUUUCAUGGUUAAUUCUGCAGUGUUCUAUCUAUCAUGUUCAUGGAAGAAUGAAUCAUGGGGCUGGAAACCUGGGAACAUGCUUCCUUCAACUUAACCUUUUGCUUUUCUUGUGGUGUUUGCCGUGUGAAAUAUGUGUUCUCUAAGUGAGUGCCUUUGCUAAUCCAAAUAGUUUUGGAUUUUUUUGGGCUUUUGGCCCCACUCUUGUAAUUCUGUAAAGCAAACGAGUCUUGGAAAUUUCUGCUAUCUACAGUAGUUUUCGUUCGUUC